UCAAUCUGCACAUGUGCGGCUCUCAUGUUUACGGAUGUGAGGAGAAGGAAAGUAGUGAACAGUGAAACAGAACAUUUAAUCAGAAAUGAUCAAACACGUUUUCCUAACAGGACCUCCGGGUGUGGGUAAGACCACCCUGGUGCAGAAGGCCUGUGACGUAAUGGUGUCUUCAGGUGUGUCUGUGGAGGGCUUCUACACCCAGGAGGUCAGGGAGGGGAGGCGCAGGAUCGGUUUCGACGUCGUCACUGUGACCGGACAGAGAGGACUCUUGUCCAGAGUCAGAGAGAAGUCUGUAGCUUCACAUGGAGGGAGAGAGUACACUGUUGGACAGUAUGUAGUGGAUGUACCAUCGUUUGAGAACCUGGCUCUACCUCUCUUCAGAAACCUUGACUCUUCAUGCAGUAGCGACCGUCAGGUGUUCAUCAUAGAUGAGGUUGGUAAAAUGGAGCUGUUCAGCCAGGCGUUCAUCAGGUCAGUCAGACAGACCCUGGACUCUCUAGUCGUCUCUGUCCUGGGGACUAUACCCGUCCCUUCAGGCAAACCACUGGGUUUCGUGGAGGAGAUACGGACCAGGAAGGACGUCACUGUCUUCACUGUCACCAAGGAGAACAGAGAUGUUAUAUUACCAGAGGUUGUGUCAGCUCUAAAGGACUGUCUCAAGCAAAGUGCCUAAGUAGGUAGAAGUUAUCCAAGGUCAUUGGAAAUUCAUGAAGGGCAUUCAGAGAACACAGCAGCACCCUGAACUAGACCCACCCUGAUGAACUAGACCCACCCUGAUGAACUAGACCCACCCUGAUGAACUAGACCCACCCUGAUGAACUAGACCCACCCUGAUGAACUAGACCCACCCUGAUGAACUAGACCCACCCUGAUGAACUAGACCCACCCUGAUGAACUAGACCCUGAUGAACUAGACCCACCCUGAUGAACUAGACCCACCCUGAUGAACUAGACCCACCCUGAUGAACUAGACCCACCCUGAUGAACUAGACCCACCCUGAUGAACUAGACCCACCCUGAUGAACUAGACCCUGAUGAACUAGACCCACCCUGAUGAACUAGACCCACCCUGAUGAACUAGACCCACCCUGAUGAACUAGACCCACCCUGAUGAACUA